AAAAUUCGAAAUUCGAAAAACACCCCAAUAAUUGAAAUAGCUAUAGCUAACACACAACACAACACAGUACUACAGUGUAAGCUGAAAUCGGAAAAAUGGAGGAUGAAGGCGGAAGAGAGGAGUGGCGUCUCUACGAAGCUUACAAUGAGCUCCACGCGCUUGCCCAGGAGCUCCACACCCCCUUCGACGCCCCCGCCGUUCUCGUCGUCGGCCACCAGACCGACGGCAAGAGCGCCCUCGUCGAAGCCCUCAUGGGCUUCCAGUUCAACCACGUCGGCGGCGGCACCAAAACCCGCCGCCCCAUCACCCUCCACAUGAAAUACGACCCUCAAUCUGACUCCCCUUCCUGCUCCCUCGUCUCCGAUUCCGACCCUUCUCUCUCUCAACAACUCUCCCUCCCUCAAAUCCAGGCAUACAUUGAAGCUGAGAAUGCGAGGUUGGAGCGUGACAGUUGUCAAUUCUCCGCGAAGGAGAUAAUUAUCAAGGUGGAGUACAAGUACUGCCCUAAUCUGACAAUUAUCGACACGCCUGGGCUCAUCGCGCCUGCUCCGGGGAGAAAGAAUCGAGCACUGCAGGCGCAGGGCCGGGCGGUUGAGUCUCUAGUCCGGGCUAAGAUGCAGCACAAGGAGUUUAUUAUACUCUGCCUUGAAGAUUGCAGUGAUUGGAGCAAUGCAACUACAAGGCGUGUUGUCAUGCAGAUUGAUCCUGAGUUGUCGAGGACGGUUGUUGUAUCGACUAAGCUGGAUACCAGGAUACCGCAAUUUGCGCGUCCCUCGGAUGUUGAAGUGUUCCUCUCUCCGCCUGCGUGUGCGCUUGAUGGGUGCAUUCUGGGAGACUCUCCCUUCUUCACGUCUGUGCCUUCGGGAAGAGUUGGUUCUGGGAGUGAUUCUCUGUACAGGUCCAAUGAUGAGUUUAAGCAGGCAGUAUCCUUGAGAGAGAUAGAAGAUAUUGCUUCUCUGGAGGAGAAAUUGGUCAGGCCAUUGUCAAAGCAAGAAAGAAGUAGGAUAGGUGUGAGCAGACUUAGGUUGUUUCUGGAAGAAAUGCUACAGAAGAGGUAUAUAAAUAAUGUACCGUUGAUCAUUCCACUUCUUGAGAAGGAGUAUCGGAGUGUGACAAGGAAAUUGAGUGAUAUAAGUCAAGAAUUGAGUACACUGGAUGAAGCCAAACUGAAGGAGAAAGGAAGAACUUUCCAUGAUUUGUUCUUGACCAAGUUGUCAUUACUUCUGAAAGGGACGGUUGUUGCACCACCUGAUAAGUUUGGUGAAACACUACAAGAUGAGCGAAUAAAUGGAGGUGCAUUUGUUGGUGCUGAUGUUGCUCAGUUCCCUCACAAGCUAAUACCUAAUGCAGGGAUGCGUCUUUAUGGUGGUGCACAAUAUCAUCGGGCAAUGGCCGAAUUCCGUUUUGUCGUUGGAGGAAUCAAGUGCCCUCCAAUUACUCGGGAAGAAAUCGUAAAUGCUUGUGGAGUUGAAGACAUUCAUGAUGGAACAAACUACUCUAGGACUGCCUGUGUAAUUGCUGUUGCAAAGGCUCGUGACACAUUUGAACCUUUUCUUCAUCAGUUGGGAUGUAGAUUGUUGCAUAUACUCAAACGAUUGCUUCCAAUAUCUGUUUUUCUUCUUCAGAAAGAUUGUGAAUAUCUAAGUGGUCAUGAGGUGUUCCUCAGGCGUGUUGCCUCUGCCUUCAACAACUUUGCAGAGUCUACUGAAAAAUCAUGCCGUGAAAAGUGUAUGGAGGACUUGGUAAGCACCACAAGAUAUGUCUCAUGGUCUCUACACAAUAAGAGUCGGUCUGGGUUGCGACAGUUCUUAGAUUCAUUUGGUGGAACAGAAAAUUCCAAUGUUCCCACAACAACAGUUGUAUCACAAGCAAAUGCACAAGAGAAAGAAGACACAAAGCCGCAACCAGAUGUAAAGCUCAGUCAUGUGGCCUCUGGGACUGAUUCCAGCACAUCCACUCAGACAACAGAAACAAAGCUUGCUGACCUUCUGGAUAGUACACUUUGGAAUCGGAGGCUUGCACCUUCAUCUGAAAGGAUUGUUUAUGGUUUGGUACAACAGAUAUUUCACGGCAUAAGAGAGUAUUUCUUGGUUUCCACAGAGCUAAAGUUUAACUGUUUCCUCUUGAUGCCCAUUGUGGACAAGUUGCCUGCACGCCUUCGAGAAGACCUAGAAUCUGCUUUUGAAGAUGACCUGGAUAAUGUUUUCGACAUAACCAAUCUGCAGCACUCUUUGGGGCAGCAGAAGAGAGACACAGAAAUUGAGCUGAAGAGGAUCAAGAGGCUCAGAGAGAAAUUCAGAAUGAUACAUGAGCAGUUAAUUCUACGUCAAGCCAUGUGAAAAUGUGGUUACCUUAAGUUAGUUAAUUAUUGCACUCGCUUAAUUCUCCACGCCCGGAUGGUCUCUAUGUACUUUUCUUCCAAAAAAUAGUGGCACAGAGUAGUGCAGUAGGUCACAACAUUAGUACUGGAUAGUUUUUGGAAAUUAAUUUCUGAAAAUGAUUGACUUGCAUGUGGGAUGGUGCGGUGAAAGAAAACAGAGUGCUAGAAGCUUCGCUCUAAAUCAUUCUAAAUUGAUGACCAGGUAUCAUCUUUAUUC